AUGGUCGACCAAGUCAAGCACUGGCAUGUUACCUACAAUGAUAUUCACAACCUCAUCCGACAAGCCACUCCUAAGAUUGCCGCCGAAUUUAAUCCUGAUCUUCUGAUAGCUAUUGGCGAAGGCUUUUUUCCUGCGCGCGUAAUGCGCACUUUCCUACGGGAAGAAACGGGAAAUAAGACUCUCCAAAUUCAAGCGAUUGGCUUAUCUCUAUAUGAGCCUCUCGAGGGCACCAAGGCAGAGCAAUUAGGUCAGGAAGUCAUCCGGACACAAUGGCUGUAUCUCCUUUUAGGAAAAAGAAAUCUCAUUGUCGACGAGGUUGAUGAUACACGUAAAACUUUGCACUACGCCGUAUCAGAACUUUGGAAAGAUGUUGAGAAAGAACUCUUGUCAUUCCCAGAGCCUGACCGUGACAGGUUGCGCGCUGCCACGAAGUUUGGCAUAUUUGUGGUUCAUAAUAAGACAAAGACAAAGCUGGCAGAACUUGUUGGUGACACGCCGUCACUUUCUAGAUAUUUCGUGGGAGCCGAAGUUGGGGAUGUUUGGUUGAAUUAUCCCUGGGAGGCUAUCGACAUUGAAAACCAUGAUCGUCUUGCGUUACUUGACACAAAUCAGACCAAGUAA